AUGUCCGGUAGAGCGACUCGGGUGGCGUGCCGCUGCGCCGCGGGCUGGCGCCCCUUCGGCGGGGCCGCCGCGCUGGUGCGCGUGGGUUGCCGCAGCCCGACCGUCCCCCUGCGGGCGCGGCCGGGCCUCGCGUUGUGCUGCCAGCACCGCGCCAUCGGGCCGCGCCAGUACGCGCCGAAGGGGUUUCGCGAGGCCGCCGGUCGCGCCCCGAUGACUUUUGAGUUCGGCGAGGAGUGCAACGAGCUGGCCAAAGUGGCGCACCAGACGAAGAACUACGGCGACGCCGUUAGCCUCUACGACCGGGCGCUGACGAUGCGGCGGGAGCGCUACGGCCCCAUUCACGAGAAGUGCGCCGCCACGCUGCACAACCUCGGGCGCGUCUUUCUCGACAUGCGGGAGCCGGGGGCGGCGGAGAACGCCCUGACGGAGGCCGCCGCGAUCUACGAGCAGGUGGAGGGCAAUCAGUCCGUGCGCUACGCCGAGAGCCUUGCCCUGCUGGCGCUGGCCUACACGCACCUGAACUUCCUCGACGAGGCGGAGAAGGCGUUUCGCGAGAGCAUCAAAAUUUUCCGCGACACCUCCUACAACCACGCGCGGCAGUCGUGGCUGCCAGACGACGCGGCGACGGCUGUGACGCUGACGGAGCCGCAGAAGCACCCGCUGGCGUCCGCCGCCCACGCCCUUGCCGACUGUGCCCAGCUCUUUCUGCUGCAGAAUCAGGAGCACCGGGCGAUUGCGUUUCUGGAGGAAGCGCUUGAAAUUCGUCGCUACCUGUACGUCCGGCACAACAAGUACCGCCCCAUCAUUGCGCAGACGCUCAACAAGUUGUGUGAGCUCAAAAAGGCGAUCAACGACGCGACGGGGGCAGAGAUGUGCAUUAACGAGUGUCUUGAGAUUUGCAUCGCCACGCUGGGCCGCGACUCCCCGGCGACGGCGCAGGCGACAAGCAGCAAGGCCUCUCUGCUCGCCGCCCGCCGCCAGUUCCGCGAGGCACGGCGCCUGUAUGAGGAGAGCACCACAACCUACGCCGUGGCGUUGGGCAAAGACUCGGCGCAAUUUGGGCUUGAGCUGGUGAAGCUGGGCCGCAUUCAGGAGCUCUGCGACGACUACGUCACCGCGGAGAAGAGCUACGAGCGUGGCAUUGAGGUGAUUCGCAAGGCGCUAGGGCCGGACACGCUGCAGCUCGCGGAGGCGUACACCUUCCUCGGCUCCCUGCUCGUGAAGCGCCAGGAGCUGACGCGCGCCACUGACCUCUUCCGCGACGCGGUGGGGCUGCGUAAGAGGAAGAACCGCAAGGAUCCGCAGCUGGCGUACUUGUACCAGAAACUCGGGGACACUUACGCGAUGCGGCGGGAGCCGCACGCGGAGGCGUAUUUUCUCUUGGCGAUUGAGCAGUUCCGGGAGAACGCCAAGCUGGAGCCGCUGCAGCGGACGUUUCUGACCGACGUCCUGGACGACCUCGGCCUCUUCUACCUCGACUUCCACCACUACGAGAAGGCGGAGCGGUGCCUAAAGGAGGCCCUGGACACCCGCAUAGAAAUGCUCGGGGAGAGCCACGCCACGGUGGCGUACUCGUACAGCAACUUUGCCCUCCUGUACCUGCACCGCGAGGACACGGAGAACUGUGAGAAGAUGUGCCAGGCCGCGCUGGACAUGUACGCCAAGACGGCGCGCUCAAACGUGCUCGCGCAGGCCGAUGUGUACACAACCUACGGUCAGUGUUGCCACCUGCAGCGUCGCCUGCAGGAGGCGCUGCAGUGGCAUGAAAAGGCGUUAAAUGUGCGGCGGACGCGUGGGGAGAGUAGCGAGCUUGCCACCGCCGAGUCACUCAAUCACAUUGCGCGCGUGUACGUGGCAAUGAGGCGGUACGCCCCGGCCACAAAGUUCCUGGCGGAGGCAAAGAAGAUUGCCUACCAGUUCACCGCGGAGCUGACGCAGUACCUGCGGCAGGAGGUGGCGAAGACGGAGCAGCAGAUUCCUCCCAUGGAGGAGUGGAGUGCGGAGGACCGCGUCACCGCCACACCGGCGCUCGCCGAGGACACCAGCAACCCGGCGGCCGGGGAGGCGGCGCCCAACUGCUGA